AUGUCAUUGACUGAACUUUUACCAUCAAUUUAUCAUCAUGAAGAUACUAAUGAUGAUAUUGAAGUUGGUUCAUCAGCUGUUCAAAUUCAUCGUUAUGGACGGGAGAAAAACACAGAAUGGCCAGCAGAAACACCUAAUGCAUCAUCAUCAAAAACAACAACAACAAUGGGAACAGAUGAUACUGGUGUUGUUAUUAAAGAUGUUGUACCACGUUCAAUGUAUUAUCAUGAUCGAGAUGAUCAUAAUGAUGAUGAUUGUUUAUGUACAUGUGCAUGUUGCCGAUGUGAAUGUUGUCCAACAGUAUCCGAUUGGUGUAUAAGAGAUCCAUAUGGUUUAUCAUGUGGUUUUACAACAUGGUUUUUAUUUAUCUAUGCUCAGUUUGUUGUUAUAUUUGUUAUAUUAAUACCUAAAAGUCAUUCAACUUUAUUCAAUGUUAUUAAUUUAUUGAUAUUCCAUAUGUUAGAAAUUCUUGCUGUUUCAUCACAUUGUAUAACGAUGUUUUCCAAUCCGGGUGCUGUUCCAUUAAAUAAUGCAACUCCAGAAAAUCUUAUUAAAUAUUCCAAUGGUACUGUUGUUUAUCGAUGUGCUAUGUGUCAAAGUGUAAAACCACCCAGAUCCCAUCACUGUAGUGUUUGUAAACGAUGCAUAAAACGAAUGGAUCAUCAUUGUGUAUUUGUUAAUAAUUGCGUUGGACAAAAUAAUCAAAAAUAUUUUAUUUUAUUUACGUUUUAUACAUGUAUUAUCUCAAUCUAUGCGCUAAUUCUUCUCGGUUUUCAUAUAACAACUUGUGUUCAAACCGAUUGGACUGCAUGUACAGCAUGGUCACCGCCUGCAACUAUUAUCUUCUUAAUAUUUCUUGCAUUCGAAGCUAUUUCAUUCUCACUUUUUACUGCCAUAAUGACCGGUACACAAUUAUAUUCAAUAUAUACUGAUACUACUGGUAUUGAAUCAUUCAAAGGAGAAUCAAGCUAUCGACGUCGUCAUAGUUCAUUUAUUUCAUCAAUGAAAGUUGUAUUUGGUUCUCAAGUUGGUUUAACAUGGUUAAAUCCAUUCUCUAAACCAGUUAGUUUAAUCACACAAAAUGAUGAACGUGUAACAUUUGAUGUUUAA